UGCUGGCAGCCUCCAGGGGAGGCAGGGACAAUACCUUUGGAGUUCAGGGAGCUGGAAUGGUAUCGGGGCAGUGCCCCUGAAGGUGGAAACAGAGAAGAGAAGAGACAAGAGUUCUCAGAUCUGAAGCGAAGUCUCAGUAGCAGCUGCAAUGGCUUUCUUCCUUGCCUGCCUGCUUGCUCUCCUCCCUGUGGUUUCUAUGAAGAGUCCCAUAUUUGGCCCCAAGCAAGUGACAGGAGUGGAAGGAGGAUCUGUCUCCAUCCAGUGCUUCUACCCAUCCUCUUCAGUCAAUCGGCAUGGCCGCAAAUACUUUUGUCUUCAGAAUCUAAGGCAAUCCUGUGAAACCAUAGUCUCCUCAAAUGGUUUUGUCUCUGAGAGAUUUAGUGGGAGAGCCAAACUCACCAAUUUCCCAGGGAAUAACUCCUUUUUAAUACAGAUUUCACAGCUGGAGAAGGAAGACAUUGGGCUCUACAAGUGUGGUCUGGGCACGAGUAAUCGGGGUCUGUCGUUUGACAUCACCUUGGAGGUGGGAGAGGGUCCCAAUCUCCCUAACAACACUGAGGUCAUCGUCACUGAAGUGGGUAAAACAGUGUCCAUCAACUGCCCUUUCCAGGAACAGAAUACACAGGACAGGAAAUUCUUAUGCAAGAAGGAUGGCGAAAGCUGUGCACUGGUCAUCGAUUCUCAGGAACAAGUGGGCCCUGACUACACAGGAAGAGCCCGCCUCAGCAUCAGCGGCACCAGCAGUAGGGUCUUUGUGGUCACCAUCAGCCAGAUCAAGAGGCAAGAUGUUGGGAUGUAUGUCUGUGGGGUCGGGGAGGACAGUGACACCGGAAUCCAGAAGAAUGUUGACUUAAAGUUGCUGGAGCCUGAACCUGAACUGCUCUACGCUGAGCUAGGGGGAUCGGUGACCUUGAACUGUGCCCUGGGAAGCACGGUGGCAAGCGUGCCCAAGUUUCUAUGCCAGAUGAGGGCAAAAGAGACUUGUGACUUGGUCAUCAACAGCAAGGGAUUUACAAAUAAUGCCACUCAUGGAAGGAUCCUGUUUAGCCAUACAACCGAGACUGGAUCCUUUAGCAUAAUGAUCACACAAGUGAGGAAAGAGGAUGAAGGUGUAUAUCACUGUGGUGCCCAGGAAGAUGGCCAACCAUCAGAAGAAGGGCCAAUUAGAGCUCUACAGCUCUUUGUCUCUGAAGAGACCACUGUUCCCAAGAGUCCUUUGGUGGUGAAAGGUCCAUCUGGUGGCUCCGUGACAAUAACCUGCCACUACGACCCCAAAAAGAACAACACCCUGAAGUACUGGUGCAAGUGGGAGGGCAGCAGCCACUGUACUAAGCUGGUAGACAGUUUGGGAAUGGUGGAUGAGUCCUACGAGGGAAGAGUGGCCCUGUGGGAUGAGCCAGAGAAUGGCAUCUUUACUGUUAUACUCAACCAGCUGACCCCUCAAGAUGCAGGCUACUACUGGUGUCUCAGCAAUGGAGAGCACAACAGGAAGUCUUCUGUGAAGAUUGAAAUCAAUGACGGUCAGCCACUCUUAAUAGCACCAAAGACUGUCACGGCCCAGCUGGGACAGUCUCUCACCAUCUCCUGCCACUUUCCCUGCAAGUUUUAUUCCUACGAGAAAUACUGGUGCAAAUGGAGCAACCAGGGAUGUGAGACCCUGCCCACUCAAGAGGAAGGGAGUAGCCAAGCCUUUGUGGACUGCAAUCAAAAUAGCAGGAAUGUUUCUCUCACCCUGAACUCCGUCACGAGAGACCAUGAAGGGUGGUACUGGUGUGGUGUGAAGAAUGGCCAGAACUAUGGAGAGACAAUUGCAGUCAGUGUGUCUGUGGAAGAAGAAGUCUCCGGGAAUGCCAUCCAGCCAACCAAUGCUGUCUUAAAUGAAGAUGCUGUGGAGCCUAAAGUCAGAGGCAAAGAGAUUGAAGUGCCUACAGAUUUGGGGAGCACUGAGGAACACAGUGGAGGCUCCAGUGUUCUGGUCUCCACUCUGGUGCCUUUGGCGCUCGUGUUAACCGUGGGUGCAGUGGCACUAGGAAUCAUCAAAGCCCGACGUUGGAGGUUCAGCGAUCGAGUUUCGGUUGGAAGCUACAGGACCGACCUCAGCAUGUCAGAGUUAGAGAACAACCCCAGGCAAUUUGGAGCCAAUGAAAACAUGGAUGCUUCUGUUCAGGAGACUACUCUAGGAGGGGAAGAUGAAAUCAUCACUCAGACUGAGAACCCUGAAGAGAUCCAACAACCUAAGCAAGUCAAAAGGUCUUCCAAGGAAGAGGCAGAUAUGGCCUACACCGCCUUCCUGCUGCAGUCUAACAACAUGGCCAAUGAAAUUCCCUUGGAUGACCCCAGUAAUGCUUAACCAGUGGAUCCCUCCAACUGCAUUUUGUCUCCCACCACCUUCCCUCUUUGGCUCAAUCAUCUGCAUGACCUCCAGGAUCACCUUUUCUCAGACCCUAUCAGCAACCCAGCAAUCCCUCUGUUCCAUGUGGUCUGCACAUCUGCCCUCCUCACCUUCCCCUGACUUUGUCUGCUCCCUGCCUAGGGUUUGUGGCUCAGUGACUCUAGCCUGGGCCUAGUUUUCCCUCCUCAACUUUUCCUCUGAGAAGAUAAGGAUCCAAUAAUUCAUCAGCUUAAUUUCCAUUGAGUUUCCCCUGCCCCCCUCCCAUGGCAGUAUAGGCAAGGAGGGAAUGCAGACCUUGAAGGAACUGCUCUGUUUUUAGAAGGAUUUCGAGUUAAAUCAUUUCCCUGGAUCUCUAUUCCGAAGAAGUUGAUAGGAUCCAAGAUCUUUCUGUCACACCAUCAUUGCACACUCAGCUGAUUAAAAGGACUUUUUCCUGCC